GUUUUGAACGUAAAUAUACAUUUCAAAUGAUAAGUGAAAUAACAUUUUUAAAACAUAUUUAAAUAUGCUGACAAUUUUAGCAAUUAUGAUCCCAAUUAGAAUGAUAUACACGUAAUAAGUAUUUCUUCAAUGAAUGUACUAUAUAUAAAUACAUAUAAUAUAUUUAUUAAUUUAAAAUAAUGAGUGAAUUUAAAUUACAUCAUUUAGUAGUUGAGUUAAUUGGAUUAUUGGGAUCAUCUUCAGCACCAGAAAAACAUGUAGAAAGACUUCAAAAAGAGGGGAUACCAACAAGUGCAAGUGCUUUAACUGUUGUGGCAUCACAAAGUUCUAUUCGUAACUUAGCAAGAAAUUCUCCUGUCCCUGAAUUAUUUCUUCAAAAAUAUGAAGAAUUGAAAGCAAAAAAGGUUGAUUUAUUAGGCUUAUUUAUUCAGGUUUUAGAACUUAUAUCCGAAGAUAAAGAAUUAAAAAGUUAUUUGGCUAAACAAGCAUCAACAUUAACAUCAAGCUCUACAAAAAAUUCUGCUAUUACUACGGAGGACUUACCACAGAUUUGUAAGAAUGUAAUUAAAGCUGCAGUAGAGGGAGAGAAAAAGUUAAACAAGCAAGUAAACACAGUUGCAAAGAAAUCAGAACCAUCUGUGAUAAAGCAUAAUUGGGUUCAUGAGAGACCUAGAAUAACCUGGGACUUUUAUAAUGAGCCAAAUGUGACACCAUGUCAAAAAGUUGUACCAGUGGUUUCUCAAGAAUCUAUAUUAUUGUGGGACAUUUUAUAUUGCCUAAAAGGUAUAGAUGGAUCUUAUAUUGUUUCUGAACCUUUAACAGGUCUAUAUGCGGUGAAAACAUUUAAUAUAUCUCCAGAUGUUGGUAUAUCAUAUAAACAAAUGACACAACAAAUAUUACCUCUUGCUUCUCAUUAUUCCAUGACAGCUAGAUUUGUUGAAGAAAAGGUUUUACCAGAAGAUGGUCAAGUGAACCAUGCUUUGAGGGGAGCUAUAAAAUGUUUAUUAAAAGAUUAUUUAUUGUUUGUUGUCCAGUUGGAAAUGGAACACGUACGUGGUAAAUUAAAUUUGCAAAAAUUAUGGUUUUAUAUUCAACCCACAAUGAUUGCAAUGUCCAUUCUUUUUCAAAUUACAUCUACUAUAUGUAAGGCAAAUGCAAAAGGUGGGAAAGUACUUAGUCUUUUGCAUGAACAAGCAAAUAAUAUCAGUGGAGAAGCAAAAUUUAAAGAAUUAUGUUUGUUCCUUAUACAAACGGCAAGCGUUCCAUACAUGCAAAUAUUGGAAAAAUGGGUAUAUAAGGGUGUGAUAUGUGAUCCAUAUGAAGAGUUUUUUGUAGAAGACAAUGAAUUAAUUCAUAGAGAAGAAUUACCUAUUGAUUAUUCAGCGGAUUACUGGGAGAAGAGAUAUACUAUGAGACCAGAAAGAAUUCCCACAUUUUUAAACGAACAUGCACAAACAAUUUUAAGAACUGGAAAAUAUUUUAAUGUAAUUAGGCAGUGUGGUAAAACAGUUCAAUGGGGAAAACAAGAACCUUUAAUUUAUCAACACCAGGGUCAAAAAUACAUAGCUGCCAUCGAUAGAGCAUAUUCUGAAGCUGCAAAAACUUUAUUAGAAGUUCUUAUUCACGAAAAUGAUUUAAUGGGUCGACUUCGUAGUGUGAAAAGUUACUUUCUUCUUGCACAAGGAGAUUUUGUAGUUCAAUUUAUGAAUUUAUGCGAGGCGGAAUUGAAUAAAAGUAUGUAUGAUAUUGUCAUUCAUCGAUUAGCGUCUCUGCUAGAAGUAGCAUUGCGUAUGUCGACCGCAGAUUCAGAUCCAUAUAAAGAUGAUCUGAAACCUGAACUUUUACCAUAUGAUCUUCAGUUUCAAAUGUUUAGAAUACUCUCCAUUCAAACCAGAGAUGAAAAAGAAUAUUGUUUCCAAACUGAUAAAACUUUAACUGGUUUGGAAGCGUUUGUAUUUAAUUAUGAUGUUAAGUGGCCGGUUUCUUUGAUACUUAACAGAAAAGCAAUAGCUUGUUAUCAAAUGCUAUUCAGGCAUUUGUUUUACUGCAAGUAUAUUGAAAGACGUUUAUGCAGGGUGUGGGUCAGUAAUAAAAUUGCAAAAACAUUUACUCACAAUGUAGCAAUGUCAUAUAGACAAGCAUUUUCUUUACGGCAACGAAUGCUCGAUUGCAUUCAACAUUUGGCGUAUUAUAUGAUGGUUGAAGUUAUAGAACCAAAUUGGCUUACAUUUCUAAAUAAAAUGAGCAAGGUCAGUAACGUAGACGAUGUUUUAAGUGUGCAUCAAGACCUACAGGACAGUUACCUAAAAGAAUGCAUGUUAACAGAUCCUGAUCUUCUUGGUUGCAUAACCGGCAUUUGUGCUGCCUGUCUUGAUUUUUGUAAUUUUAUGGAGCGUAUGAGCCCAUACUACAUUGACGCCGAAUUGACUUCCAUGAUUGGCGCCUAUCAGGAUGAUGUCUAUGAUUCUGAGGACGAAGAGGGUGAUACGUCUAAAGAAAAUGCUGCUAGUUUCGAGGAAAUGAUCGUAUUGCUAGAUGAGAAAUUUACUCAAGUAUUAAUACGUCUUCUAGACAGAAUCUGUGAUUUGGGAUGCGAUAAUAAUAACGAGAAGCUUCUCAACGUUUUUUGUAGGCUAGAUUUCAAUUUAUUUUAUACCGACAUUUUGAUACAACGUGGAAGAGAAAAGACAACACAAGAAGAUGUUUCGGGUUAAAUAUCAAUGAUCCAUAUCCAGUAGAAUAUUGCAUAAUUAUGGGUAUAUUAUACAACCUCUCUACAAGUUUUCAUAUGGUAUUUGUAUAUAACGUUAAAACGUCCACAAAAAAUAAGAGUUGUACUGAAAGUUGUUGAUUGAUAAAAAAGGUUCAAUUUAA